GCUGAGCCCAUCUCUUGCUGCAGAAGAAGUUGGUGUCAGCAGCAUGAAGCUGAAUUUCAGUGGCAUGAGGGCCCUGGUGACAGGGGCAGGGAAAGGGAUUGGACGGGACACUGUGAAGGCUCUGCAUGCCUCAGGAGCCAAAGUGGUGGCUGUGACUCGGACCAACGCAGACCUGGUCAGCCUUGCCAAAGAGUGUCCCGGGAUAGAGCCCGUGUGUGUGGACCUGGGUGACUGGGAUGCCACAGAGAAGGCGCUGGGCGGUAUCGGCCCUGUGGACUUGCUGGUGAACAACGCAGCGCUGGUUAUAAUGCAGCCCUUCCUGGAAGUUACCAAGGAAGCCUUUGACAGGUCCUUCAGUGUAAAUCUUCGCUCUGUGUUUCAGGUGUCCCAGAUGGUAGCCAGGGACAUGAUUAACCGUGGUGUGGCAGGGUCCAUUGUCAAUGUCUCCAGCAUGGUGGCCCACGUCACCUUUCCUAACUUGAUCACCUACAGCUCCACCAAGGGAGCGAUGACUAUGCUGACCAAAGCCAUGGCCAUGGAACUGGGGCCACACAAGAUUCGGGUAAACUCCGUAAACCCCACUGUGGUGCUGACUGACAUGGGCAAGAAAGUCUCUGCAGACACUGAGUUUGCCAGGAAGCUCAAGGAGCGCCACCCACUGAGGAAGUUCGCAGAGGUUGAAGACGUUGUCAACAGCAUCCUCUUCCUGCUCAGCGACAGCAGUGCCUCUACCAGUGGCGGUGGCAUCCUGGUGGAUGCUGGCUACCUGGCCUCCUAGUCUGCCCAGUUGCUGUGGACAUCUGAAUGGCCUUCCCAGCCCCACCCUCCGCCAAAGGGUCUACUGAUCUCGUGACCCCGCCCUCAUGCUAAAGUCACGCCCACCACGCAGAUCACGGUUCCACCCCCAUGUUAUUGUCGGAUCCCACAAUCACUCCAGGACCCAGACCUUGUUCUCUUUGUCCACUUUGUUGGUCUCAUUUGCCUAAAUAAAUGGGCCACUGCGUUACCUU